ACUAAACAAAAAAAUGAUCUAAAAAUAACUCUAAAAAGUCCUCUAAAGAAAUUUCUCAGAAAUACCAUCUUGGGCCACAUGUAAUCCAUAUAAACUUAAUAAAUCUAACCCAUACAAGCUCUAGAAUUUCGUCAAAGGUGAAUGGCGUUUCACCCGUGAAUAUACAACAAUAGUCGACCCAUUAAACGGUGAAAAAAUACUCCAAGUCCCCGAGACUAAAGACGAUGAAUUAACCGAUUUUAUAAACAACGUAAAAUAAGUUCCCUUAUCCGGCCUCCAUAAUCCUUUAAAAAACCCCCAAAGAUAUUAAUAAUAUGGUUAACUAUUACUAAAAUUAUCCGAAGAAUUAAGAAAACCCGAAAUAGAGAAAUUCUUUACUGUCUUAACUUAAAGGGUAAUGCCAAAAAGUUACAUAUAAGCAUAAGGUGAAGUAGUAGUAACUCGCCGCUUUUUAGAAAAUUUUACAGGUGAUAAUCCUCGUUUUUUAUCUAAAUCGUUCUCCGUACCCGGCGAUCAUUAAGGACAAUAAUCAACCGGCUAUCGCUGGCCUUAUGGUCCUGUGAGUAUAAUUUGUCCAUUUAAUUUCCCAAUAGAGAUUCCUGUUUUGUAAUUAUUCGGUGCAUUAAUAACUGGGAAUCGUCCUACACUAAGAGUAGACUCUAAAGUAGCUUUAGUGAUGGAACAAUUUUAAGAUUUGCCUUACAUAAUGGUCUUCCUGCUCAUGAUUUAGAUUUUUUGA